AGCGAGCCUGACGAGCACUUCCUGCAGCUCUCCGCAGCUUCCUGGCACGGCUGUUUCCCGGACCACCUGAGCACCUUUUUCCUGGGCAGCCUGAAACCGACCAGCGUGCCACUUUCAAAGGGUAUCCAACACCAGCCUGUCUGAAGUGCCAUCGUGGUUUCUGGAAGCUCCCUCUCUGCUAACCGGGCUGCUUGCAGGAUGGGUUUUUUAAAAGCGCCCACGGGAAGCACACUUUCCUCCCGCCUGCAAGGCUGAAACAUCCCACCCUGAAGGUUUCGGCUGCCAUGCCUGGCAAAGGACUCGGGAUGGAGACCCUCAGGAGGGUGGUCGUCUAUCUCUCCAAAGAGAACAGCCAGCCAAAGCGCGCCUGGUUCCAUCAGAGCAUCGUGGGUCACUUCUGCCCCUCACACGAAGACAGCGUGAUGGUGAACUGCGGCCUGGACCGAAACCGGUUCCUCGUUUCCGACCGGGAGUUUGCUGGCUCCAGCCGGGUCCUCCUGCAGAGACCCCCCUUCUGCCCCAUCAAGAAUCUGACGGAGACACAAGCCACUUCUCUGCCGGCGGAGAUCCGAGAUCAAGGCGUGGACGUGGGCGUGGCUGUCCUCCUGCAGUCUGCCGGCCGGGAAGUGUUACUGACCCGACGGUCCAAGAAUCUCAGCAUCUUCCCCAACAUUUGGGUUCCUCCAGGUGGUCACGUUGAGCAAGAUGAACAGUUGCUGGAUGCAGGACUGAGGGAGCUGCAGGAAGAGACGGGCUUGUGGCUGCCGGACGGGGCAUUCUCCUGGAAGACGCUGGCCCUGUGGGAGUCCGUGUACCCGCCCCUGCUGACCAGAGGCUUGCCAAAUCGCCAUCAUGUUGUGAUCUACCUCCUGCUCUCCUCCCACGAGAGCCACCAGCAGCUACAGAUGAGAUUCCAGCCGAAUGAAGCCGAGGUGAGCGCCUACGCUUGGCUGGAGCCCCAAGUGCUGGAAAGGGUCGCUGCUACGCUGGACGAGGCCAAAGGCACAAAGGCGGCUGGCCAUUUCCCAGAAACUGUCAGCAUCACAGAACUCGAACACAGCUCCGUCCAGACCGUUACGGUCCCGACUGCCGUGUUCCUGGGCACCGCUCCGGCCCGAGGGGACGACGUGGAACGGGUCAGCACCGGGACCAAGUUUGCGCUCCGGCUGUGGCUCCAGUCGCUUUAGCAUCCCACGCGGGGAGAGAAGAGGACAGAGAGAAGAGUCACAGCUUGGGGAGGCGGAGCGUUUAACGUGGGGCAAGAUUCGGACAUUUCGGCAACGUCCGAGCCAAGUAAUGGACCCGGCCCAGGAUUUGGCAGCUUCCCUUCUGAAUUCACAGCACGCUCCCAUUUGUAUUUCAGAUGGCUGGUUCUGAGUAAAGCAGAGAUUCUCACA